GUAGAGGUAUAGCAAAGGGAGAAGCGAGCAUCUUCAGAAAAAGGACCCCUUCAAAGGUAGCUCCAGCUACGAUCUGACCGUCGCACCUCCGUGUCUGCGUCCUCCUCCCAGGUCCGCAAGAGCCCUUCACUCUGCUCAGGAUGAAGUUAGAACAGCUGGCACUGCUCAUCCUGGCCACCUGCUCCAUAGGCUUUGGCCGGCCCCUCAAGUCCGUCUUCAUCACGUUCCCUGGCGACAUCAUCAGGAACACGACCGACAGGGAGUUUGCUGAUAGCUACCUAGAGCGCUUUGGUUACCUGAGUGUUCAGAAACGCAGCGGUCUGCAGUCGGCUACAUCCACCUCCAAGGCCCUGAAGCGUUUGCAACGGAAUCUUGGACUGGAGGAGACAGGCCAACUGGAUGAAGCAACCAUCGAAGCCAUGAAGCAGCCGCGCUGUGGCGUCCCAGAUGUGCGCAACUAUCAGACCUUUGAGGGAGACCUUAAGUGGGACCACACAGACAUCACUUACAGAAUCUUGAACUACUCGCCAGACAUGGAGGCCUCACUGAUUGAUGAUGCCUUUGCUCGAGCCUUCAAAGUGUGGAGCGAUGUGACACCGCUGACCUUCACGCGUCUCUAUGAUGGGACAGCCGACAUCAUGGUGUCCUUUGGAAAAGCAGAUCAUGGGGACCCCUACCCUUUUGACGGCAAGGACGGGCUUUUAGCACAUGCCUACCCCCCUGGUGAGGGCAUGCAAGGUGACGCCCACUUUGACGAUGACGAGUUCUGGACCCUGGGCACGGGGCCUGCGGUGAAGACUCGCUAUGGCAAUGCUGAGGGAGCUAUGUGCAACUUCCCAUUCAUAUUUGAAGGGAAGUCUUACUCCAGUUGUACCACCGAGGGGCGAACUGACAACUUGCCCUGGUGCGCCACUACAGCCAACUAUGACAAGGACAAGAAGUUUGGCUUCUGCCCAAGUGAACUUCUGUACACAAUUGGCGGGAACUCGGACGGUGAGCCAUGCGUCUUUCCCUUCGUGUUCCUUGGUGAAACCUACAAUGGCUGCACCACUGACGGCCGCUCAGACGGAUAUCGCUGGUGCGCCACCACCAGCAGCUUCGAUAGCGACAAGAAGUUUGGGUUCUGUCCCAGUCGAGACACGGCCGUGAUCGGUGGAAACUCAGAGGGCGAGCCAUGUCACUUCCCCUUCAAAUUCAUGGACGAGACGUACCACUCCUGCACGAGCGAUGGCCGCAAUGACGGCAAGCUGUGGUGUGCAACCACUGAUGACUACGAUGAUGACAAGAAGUGGGGUUUCUGCCCAGACCAGGGCUACAGUCUUUUCCUGGUGGCAGCCCACGAGUUUGGCCAUGCCCUCGGCCUGGAGCACUCCAACAUCCGAGAGGCCCUCAUGUUUCCCAUGUAUAAAUAUGUGAAAGACUUCUCUUUGCACAGUGAUGACGUUGAGGGCAUUCAGUACCUCUAUGGGUCCAGACAGAAGCCAGACCCCAUACCUCCACAGCCCACAACUACUAUAGUCAGUCCUGUCACUGACGAGGAGACUCUGGAGCCCACAAGCACCCCCACCCCUCCUCCGGUCACUACAGUCCCCAUCCAUCCUUCCAGUGAUGCCUGUCAGGUGGACAAGUUUGACUGCAUCACUGAAAUCAAGGGAGAGCUGCAUCUCUUUAAAGACGGGCAGUAUUGGAGGAUGUCUUCUGAGCGAGACGGUGACAUUCAGGGCCCAUAUCGCAUAUCGGAGAGGUGGCCCGCUUUGCCUGACACCAUUGAUGCUGCUUUUGAGGAUCUGCUAACAAAGAAGAUUUACUUCUUCUCAGGCCGGCGUUUCUGGGUGUACACAGGGCCAAAUGUGCUGGGGCCCCGCAGUUUGGAGAAGCUGGGCUUCAAGAGCAAUGUGGAACGCAUUGAGGGGGCCCUACCAAGAACCAAAGGCAAGGUGCUGCUUUUCAGUGGAGAGAACUACUGGAGGCUGGACGUGAAAGCACAGCUCGUUGACAGGGGCUACCCACGCUACAUAGACCUGGCUUUCGGAGGAGUUCCCGUUGAUGCUCAUGAUGUCUUUCUGCACAAGGGAAACAUCUACUUCUGCCGUGACCGUUUCUACUGGAGGAUGAACUCGCGAAGGCAGGUGGACCGCGUGGGAUACCUGAAGUACGACGUGCUCAAGUGUCCAGACUUCUCGCGUCACUCAUUCUGAGUGGAACAGCCUGGCUCACUGCUGGCCAGCAACCGACAUUGGACUUCUUCCUUUAGACAACAUUCGUCCCACAGUGCGUGAGUAGGACCAGAGAAGGGCAGGUCACCUCGGAAUGAAGUGAUGUCCUGGUCAUGGUCUGGGUCUGAGUGAACUCACCUUAAGACAUGAAAUUCUAAUAUUGGCCCUCUUUGUAAUAAUAAUCACAGCCAAGCACUCGAAAAGCAUGUUCUCUAUUUUUUCCCUUAUAGUACAAUGGUUUCUUGUGUUAUGAACGAUGUAGUUACAAAUUUUCAAAGAUACAAACAUACACACACACACACACUUUCAGAACCACUUGUCCUAUACA